AUGUAUUUUCUGAUGGGUAGGUAGGAUUUCACCAGUUAUCACCAUUUCAUAUUGUACAUGCCAUAUUGAAUUUGACACAAUUUUUUGAUGACAUCAUAUGAUUACAGUGUUAAAUACCUUCUGUCAUGAUGUUUUAUGGACCAAGCUAGCGUCGGAUUUACUUAUUCCGUUAAUCUAGGCCCAAUUUUGGUCAUUAUCAUCAAUUUAUCUUGUACUUGCUACAUCCAUAUCAGACUGUCGUUGCAGAUAGAUGUGGCCUUUAUAUCUUUGACCCAUCCGUUUCUAGACCCGCCAUGCCCUUAUUUAGCUGCCAGUUUGCGUAUUCUCUCAUUAUCCUGCGGAGUUUGCAUUUUAUCGUCAAUUUAUAUUAUACUUGCCAUAUGAAUAUGGACGAGGAUUUAUCGUUGUAAAAAUGUGAAUUCAGCUUCAAGACCUAAAUUUACUGAGCCUUCAAGACAUGUAUUGUCUUGCUAGAUGCCUAUUUCACCAAUUUUAUCACUAUUCUAAACUUUAUCAUUGAUUUAUAUUGUACCUCCACUUUAAUAUUCGCGUGCUCUUGCUGGUCUGAUGUGAUCAACUAGAGGUAUAAAAAAAUGUUUCCAGACGCUGAGAGGGUCCUGUUAACUAGCUGUUUAUUUAAAUUAUCGUCUUUCACUAAAUUCCUCCCAUUAUCAUCAGAUUUAUAUUGUACAUGAGGUAUUAAUGUCAAAGUGAAUUUUCCGGUAAACAGAUAAAAUUUCAGCUUCAAAACAUAUAUAUAUACGUUUUAUGUCCCAUAAUAUCGUUCCGUUCACCUGUUUUGUCUAGCUUUGUUAUUAUUUUCACCUUUAUCGUCAUUUUUUAUCUUGCACUUGACUUAUUAAUAAGGACGUGAAAUUUUCGCUAUAAAAAUGGCCUUUCAGCCCUAAACUAUUGCAUUUCAGACGCUUCGCGAGCCAGGCCAGUCCUCCUCCUCCCACCCCUCCCACCCGUCCCAGAACAGUCCGCCGGCGACGCUGAAGGCGCCGUGAAUGCGGAUUUCAGUUCGAUGAGCGGGCGCUCGCUUGGCGCCGGGCCCAGUCCACGGGCGAUCCUCUCCCUGCUCUGCAUUUUGGCGCCCCUCAUUUGCUGCGCCACCAUGCCGCCCAACGCCACGGAGAUUCAGCAGCGGAAACAGCAGGCGCUGCACACGAUUAAGAAGACGCUGGAGACCUACAGCGACGAGGCCAUCAAACGAAUGUUGGGGCCCGGUUCGUUGCCCUUGAAGGAGGAGAUCAGUGAGAAUAGAGUGGAAAAGACGGUGGAAAAGAUUGAUACCACGGUGAGUUGAAUGUUUGGGGGUAUUUUUUUGUUUUCAAAAAAAAAUUUGGAAAAAUUGAAAAAAAAAAUUUUUUUUGAAAAAAAAAGAAAGGUAGCCGUAUUUUACCCCUAAAUUUAGAGUGCGAAAAUUUUCUAUUUUGUUCAAAACACCUUUACAAUACGAUUUUCAACGUUUUCCCUCACUUUAGGCCAUUUUUUGCAAAUUUCCAAAAAAUCGGUCAUGAUGACAUAUUUAGUUUUGAUUUUUUGCCAUAACCUUUAGUUUCAUCUGAUUUAAAAUGCUCUAAAAGUAUCUUUCAAUAUUAUUUUCAACGGUUUCACUCACUUUAGGCCAUUUUUUGCAAAUUUCCAUAAAAUCCGUCAUGAUGACACAUUUAGUUUUAAUUUUUGGCCGUAACCUCUAAUUUCAUCUCAUUUGAAAUACAAUUUUGCCAAUUUUAAAAUACGCCACUGACCAACACAGAUGCUCUAAAAUACGAUUUGCCAACAAAAUUCAGAAAAACACGUUAUGAUGACAUACUCAACUUGUUGUACCUUUUUCAGACCCCACACCCGGAAGAAGAGCCCUCCGACUCAUUGCGCGGAGUUUUCCGUGUGCGCGCCGACAUUACGUAAGUUUUUUCGAGUACAAAAUCCCGUUGGGGAUUCGAAACUGGCCAUGAAGUGAUGUGUGGGUUUAUGGGCCAAUGUUUCCGGGAAAAAAACAAAUCAAAUUUUGACGGAUUUUGAGACAAAAGUUUUGGAGUAGGCGGACAUACAACAAAAAAUAUUCAGAGAAAAAGUAAUCUAAAGUACUGUAACAAAAAAAUUAGGGAUUUUUUCGAAAUUUGGUGGAAAUGAAGAUUAUGAUUUUUUAAAGAUUUUUGACAAUUUUCAGGUCGCGUUAUGCAGAAACAAACGAGAAAUAGAGGUUUUUCCGGCCAAAAAAUCUUAAAUUAAACACUGCUUAUUUUGAAUAGAACUUGGAAAAAAUUAAAUUUAAAAUUUUUUUGAGGAAUUUGAGGCAUUUUCAAACCGCGUUAUGCAGAAUUUUUUGAAAUAUGAUGAUUUUAAAUUCAAAAAAUCUUAAAAUAAAAGACGGCUGAUUUUGAUGAAACUUGGCAAAAGUGUAGCUCAAGAAUUUAUACACCAUCCCUAAAAAUUCUAAACCGCGUUAUGCAGAAUUUUUCGAAACAUGAUGAUUUUAAAUUCAAAAAAAUUCCUUUUUGGCUGGUCUUUUCAAGAUUCUUUUUUUCACUCAAAAAAUAAUGAAAAUAGCUCCAAAAUCAUAUGUUUGUAAUUUUCAGGUCGUCCAGUUCGGCGUUAGACGAGGAUGUCGCAUCUCCGAGGCAUCAUCGACAUGCCAGAUACAGUGACUGGACGGCUGUUGGACAUCAUCACCGAAGGCGGAGGAAAGGUGAGGCUUUUUUUGGGGCGUUGGGAUACUUUUUGAUGCAUUUUUGGUGAUUUUUGAGGGUAAAAUACGAUAUAUUUUUUAAAAAAAAUUUUUUUGAUUUUUUUGAAAAUUUUAUAUUUUAUUGGUAAAAUACGAGCAGCUUUCUAUGUGCUUCUGAUUUUUGAGCUCUAUAUUUCAUUUUGAAAAUCACAAAAAAAAUUUUUUUUUCAAAAAAUCCCGUUUUUCCACCUCAAUUUUCCCCGUCAAAUGCAGCCAAACGACGGGGGAAAUCAAAGCGAAACAGCGAUCCCAAUAGCCCGCCAAACAUUAUGAAGGUCAUCAGCGUCGCGUCGAAUCAAUUACCGCCGAAGAUUGUCAAUUAAUUCCCCAUUUUUCGUUUCCAAAAAAAAGAGUUGAGUUUGCGAACCAGUUUGCGGGCUAAACGUUUAUUUCCCCAUGAAUGACCUGCGCCGCAGCCUGUAAACAAGCCAUUACGAUCCGCGGGUUUUGCUGGGAAAAUGGAAUGAGAGAGUGUGGGGUGGAACGUGCGGGAUGGAGAUCAGAUGGCUAGUGUAAUAUAAAAAAGGCGUGGGCAGACAAAAUUUUUGACUUAUUAUGGUCGAAUAAAGUCUACCAAUUUACAUAAAGGCGAACUCACCGCGAAAAACAGUCAAAAUCUCGAAAAAAACGUGAAUUUCCAGAAAAUCCGUCAUCAUGACGCCUUUAUUUUUGAUGACGUCGCCGAAAAUUUUUAAACACAGAGUCCAUAUGGUCGUAUUUUACCUUAAGCAAAAUUUGUAUAUCUUAAAUUUCCCUGUAACCCCCAAAAUUUCCGAUAGGAUGACGGAUUUUUUGGAAAUUCAUGAAAAUGUCCAAAAUUUUGAAAAAAUCUCAAAGAUGAGUGAAUUUCAGGCUGUCCACCGAUGCAUGGGAAAGACCAGCUUCUCUGCCCGUCCAGAAACACACAUCGCUACGAUGUCUGCAUCUCCAGGGAACAACUCUGCGACCAUAUUGUGGAUUGUCCGGAUGGAGAAGAUGAAGACCCCAAACAGUGCUUCUUCUACAAACCUGUAAGAGCUCUAUUAUGAGAGGACAACUUCAAAAUUAACAACAACGUAUUUUACCAUGAAAUGUUUUAAUUUCAAAUUUCCCGCCAAAGUUUGGCAUUGUGUUAUAGGCGUUGAGAAGUGUUGAAAUUAGUCAAAAAAUUAAAAAAAAAUUACUUUAGGGCACCAUUUUGGCUUUAUAUAGCCAAUUCAACGGUUUUAACCAGCAAAAAAUUUGAAUUAAAAAUUUCCCGCCAAUUUUGGCAUUCCGUUUUAGUCCUUGAAAACGAUAACAAAACCUUCAAAAUUGGUCUACAUCCAUCAUUUGAUGACGUAUUUUAAAAUGCUUGAACCAGAAAAUUUAUCGGAAUAAUUCAAAUUUCAAUUUUCCCGCCAAUUUUGGCAUUCUGUUUAAGUCUUCUAAAAUGAUUUUAAAAAACGGUUUGCAACAAAAAAAUAUUUCAAACUGGCGUAUUUUACAAUUAAUCUUAUUUUAGCACCCUACUUAGCAAUCAGAAAUUCAAAUUUCAAUUUUCCCGUCAAUUUUGGCAUUCUGUUUAAGCCUUCUAAAAAUGAUUUAAAAACGGUUUGGAACGAAACAAACAUUCUAAACGACGUACUUUACAAUUAUUCUGAUUUUAGCACCCGAGUUAGCCGUCGAAAAUUCAAAUUUCAAUUUUCCCGCCAAUUUUGGCAUUCUGUUCAAGCCUUCUAAAAUGAUUUACAAAAACAUUCCAAAUGACGUAUUUUACAAUUAAUCUGAUUUUAGCGCCGAACUUAGCAAUCAGAAAUUCAAAUUUCAUUUUUCCCGCCAAUUUUGGCAUUCUGUUUUCCCCUCAUUUCACCCCAAAAAGUUCCAUUUUUUCAGCUCGACGACCAGCUCAAAACCCUCUCGCACGCGGUCCUGCUGCUCGUGGACAACGUGAUGGCGAACGGGCAGCUGGGUCGGAACGAACUCUGA